GAGAGAGAGAGAGAGAGAGAGAGAGAGAGAGACAUAGACUGAGCCCCCAACACGGAGCAUGCCUCUGCGUCCGGCAGCCGGCAAACAUGAGCCACCCAGCUCUCCACGGCAGGACCAGCAGCAGCGCACACACACACACUCACGCACGCACACGCACCCUUACACACACGCAGCAAACGGCAGCCAGGGGGCCAGCACUGACAGCAGCAGCUCCCGGGAAGAGGAGAGCAGCGUCCCCGUUCCUCACGCUGUUCCGGCUUUCGGUCCCGGUGGAGAGCACAGCAACAGUGCAGGAGCACCCAUGGAGGAGCCAACAGGCAACACUGUGGUCAUCCGCAUUGGAAUCCCAGACCUACAACAGACGAAAUGUUUGAAAUUCAACGUGGAUGCACCAAUCUGGCUGUCCAAGCAACGGAUCCUGUGUACCCUCAACCAGAGCCUGAAGGAUGUGCUCAACUAUGGCCUAUUCCAGCCGGCUUACAAUGGCAAGGCCGGCAAGUUUCUGGAUGAGGAGAGACAGCUUAGGGAAUACCCUUUCCCAUCCAUUGCUCCUGUACCGUACCUAGAGUUCCGCUAUAAAAGACGCGUCUACACACAGACCUACAUAGAUGAAAAGCAGUUGUCUAAGCUUCACACUAAGGCAAACUUGAAGAAGUUUAUGGAGUAUGUGCAGCAGAGAAACAUUGAAAAGGUCUCACGGUUUUUGGAAAAAGGCCUGGAUCCUAACUUCCAUGAUCCAGACACAGGAGAAUGCCCACUAACGCUGGCAGCACAGUUGGAGGGAUGUGCCGAGCUCAUCAAAGUGCUUAAAAAUGGAGGGGCACAUCUGGACUUCCGAACAAAGGAUGGCAUUACUGCCUUGCACAAGGCUGUGCGCAGCAAGAACCACACAGCACUUAUAACACUGUUGGACUUGGGUGCUUCUCCUGACUAUAAAGACAGCAGGGGUCUUACUCCUCUCUACCACAGUGCAAUGGUCGGAGGAGACCCAUACUGCUGUGAACUGCUGCUGCAUGACCACGCACAGGUCGGCUGUGAGGAUGAGAACGGCUGGCAGGAAAUACACCAGGCGUGCCGCUACGGCCACGUGCAGCACUUGGAACACCUGCUGUUCUACGGAGCUGACAUGAGUUCCCAGAAUGCAUCUGGAAACACUGCCCUACAUGUGUGUGCUCUCUACAAUCAGGAUAGCUGUGCACGUGUCUUGCUUUUCCGAGGAGCCAAUAAAGAGAUAAAGAACUACAAUAGCCAGACUGCUUUUCAGGUGGCUAUUAUAGCAGGAAACUUUGAUCUUGCAGAAAUCAUUAAGGUCCACAAAGUAUCAGAUGUCGUGCCUUUCAGGGAGACCCCCUCCUACACCAACCGUCGACGUGUUGUGGCUGGCACCCUGCCCUCACCGCGUUCCUUGCUGCGCUCUGCAAGUGACAACAACCUUAACGGUGACCAUGAUCACAUCCACCCUCCGCGCCCUCGAGAAUCCCGCGGCCGCCCUGGUCACUCCCCUGUUCCCUCACUGCGCAGUCUCCCAGCUUUUGGGCAACAGCACAGCAGCCUUGGAGAAGGUCGUCAUGGGGAGAUCCCUGACAGCAGUCUCCAGAGUACCGGCAGCUCCAGAUCCUCCCAUUCCCGCUCACCGUCAUUACAUCACAUGCAUGAAGAGGACAGGCCGGUUCCCAGACGUUCCCACAGCCAUGGCUACCCUCAUGGACAUGGUCCUCGUGGGAGACUCAGCCCUGGCUCAGUGCAGCGAGACCCAAGUCCACCUCAUCACACACCUCCUGCACUGACAGGCCCUCUGGGGCCCAAACGGAAACUCUACAGUGCUGUCCCAGGACGUACCUUCAUUGUGGUCAAGCCCUACACCCCACAAGGGGAAGGAGAGAUCCAGCUCAACCGUGGAGAACGGGUAAAAGGCGAGUUGUCUUUUCUGAUUUUUUUUUUUUUUUAAUGUAUGUGUGAUUUUAUCUGUCUCAAUUGAUUCAUUAUUAGGAUUAUGACCACAAUAUAUACGGAUGUACAUUUAUGCCUGCUGGUUGUCGUACAAAAAUAUGUGACAAAAUAUGGCUUGCAUGAGUGUAUGAUGAUUGACAGAACUUGAAAAAAAAAACUUACCUUGUUCUCUCAUAUCAAUACUUCACUUUCAACCUUGAAGUCAUUUCAAUAAUUUUUGAGCAUAACAUUGUGAAUAACCAUUUCACCAACUUUUUUUUUUUAAUGUGUUGAUUUCUGCUAUUAGCAAUGUUUUGUUUUCUUUCAUGGGUUUGUGUGUGUGCUUUUGUCUCCAUUCAUGCUUCACUCCAGACUUUGACUGUAAUGACGUAGAAGGUAAACUCCAUAAUAUGCUCCUCACCCAAAAUCCCCCCCCCCAAACAAACCUAAGUGUGUUAACCCCACACCCACAAUGAAAGCAAUUAGAGCUUGGCCCUGUUUGAAUCCACUUGAGAAAUGUGCACACUCCCACAACAAAUCUUUGAUCACUGCAAGGAGAGCGUGCAAAUUCAAACAGGUCCUGUGUGCUUUUGGAUGUUGGUGUGCAUACAUAUGAUGUGUUUUUCCACCUUUGGGAGAGUGCUUCCUCUUUGUGUGCACAACAGAUUUUCUGCUUGCCCUUACCUCUUAUCACCUGUCCACAGACACCCAAUUCUAGACUGACCCCACACCCAACAUCCUGUCACUUCACAUGCAUCACCAUGGAUCAGACCCACAUUAGCUUAAUGGAAACAGUUCCCUCAUGUCCUUAGAAGGUCCAGAAAGAGUCGGGUGGCACUCAUACCGAGACCUCUUAUGUUCCUUUCAGAUCUACAGAGGGACAGGAAGUUACAGCUUAAGGGUCAAUUUGAAAUGUCUGUCUAAUCUUUGGGUGAGACACAUAAUCACUUACUUCCUGCUUCUCCUAAUCUACAAAGAAAUUAUAAGCAUGCCUUCUUACUUUUUAUGUAAAUCUAUAUUAUUACAGGGAAAAAAUGAAACAAUCUGAAUUAUAGCCGAGCAGGCUUGAAAGGUGAUGGAUACUGAAGUUGACAUAAUAGUUAAUGCAGUUGUGAUGACUCAACAGCAGUGUAGUAUACCUCCAACUGUCGAAUGGAUCGGCUGUCACCAGCUUUUACGCUGGUGCCACCGGAUCCAUAACCCUGCUAUUAAUGUGAACACCCAGUGUUUUGUAGUUCUCUCAUGUUGACACAUACAGGAAACAAGCUUACAGCAUCAUGGCAGCCAACACUAUGGCAGUGCCAAGAAAACCAUCUGGUC